UAUAUAUAGUGUUUUAAAUUCUGUUCUGCUCUGACGUUGAAAUGAAGGUGUAGCGGAACUCUCGUGUUGUUGUGUUUCUCGUCGGUCUGAUUUGAGCGGCGCACUGCUGGAGUCGCGCGUCCAAAUGAAUUCCUCAUUUCGGCUUUUUAAAUGAAAUAUUGACCAUCGUUAAUGUGAUCACAGUGUUAUUAAAGUAAAAUAUAUAAUCAUACGUGAAUGCGCUGAGGAUGGAGAGCGAUAUACUGGACACGCUGGAUCAGCUCGGGUAUGACGGGCCGCUGGCGGAGGAGGCGUGUCUGCGGGCGGCGUGUGGGCGGGGCUUCAGCUCAUCUGAAUAUGUCAGUCUAGUGAGGUGGCUCUCAUCCAGACUCACACUCAUCACUGAUGAACACACACAGGAGCCGCUCAUCACAGAAGAUCCUGACAGAUGUGUGCUGGACACCAGCAGACUGCUGAAGGACUUGUGCUGUCCGUAUGAAGGACUGGCGUCACGAUUAGCAAACGGAGACGUGAAGAGCAGCGAGGAGCACCUGAAGAUCGUCUUGUUUCUGGCGUCGGAGCUUCAAGCGGCGGAGAUGGUGGCCAGGAAACCGUUGACUGAUGCAGACACGGAGGAGAUGGACACGUCUCUCCAGGAUCUCCGAGUCAUUUGUGAAACGCUGAAGCUGCCAGAUCCAGUGGGACGAGACGCUAGAGACGUGUUCAGUGCUGUAGAGCAGCAGGUGAAUGUUUUACUCGAGCAGCUUCCAGAAACACAUGUGGGUGAUCCUGCGUUCAAGAGCUCCCUGCGUCCGGACCAAUGGAGCGAGCUGGAGAAGAUCAACGGUGCUCUGUCGGCGGAGUACGAGUGUCGGCGGCGUAUGCUGAUCAAACGCCUGGAUGUGACCAUACAGUCCUUCAGCUGGUCCGACAGAGCCAAGGUGAGAAUUGACAGCAUGGCCCGAGCGUAUCAGCCGAAGCGCUAUUCUCUGUCUCUGCGGUGCUCGGUGAGCGUGUCUCAUCUGCUCGCCGCGAGACAGGACGUCUGCUAUAUGGUGAAGACCAGCAGCGGCUCGUGCAGAGAGAAGACCAGCUGUGCAAUAAACCGAAUCCUGAUGGGACGGGUUCCUGACCGCGGCGGACGGCCGUCUGAGAUCGAAGCUCCUCUUCCUGAGAUGCCUGCGUGGAGGAAGAGAGCUGACGGAGGAGGAGGAGGAUACGGUGGGAAGCGAGGGGCGGGCGGAUGGCGCUCCGGAGGAGACGGAUGGAGAGCAGGCCGAUGGAGCAGAGGAGGACGAGGAGGACAGUACUAUCACUGACAGAGUCAUCUGGACCGAUCAUGAAGAGACUGACAUUUCCUCUCGGGGAAGUCAUUUUAAAUAAGUGUGUAGUAGUCUGAUUCAUUACGCUUUUUAACUUCUAUAAGACCGGUGAGAGAGGUUGUGAAGGCAUCAUGCAUUGCUUCAAACCCCUCCUGAAAUCAACGAAGAAUAAAGCAGUGAAAAAUGUU